AUGAAGGGCAACGAGACGCUGGUGACUGAGUUUCUGCUGCUGGGACUCUCAGACUCAGCGGACCUACAGAAUUUUCUCUUUGUCAUCUUUGUCCUCAUCUACUCGGCCAAUGUGGUGGGCAAUGUGACCAUCAUGCUGGUGAUCUGGACCGAGCAGCCGCUGCACACCCCUAUGUACUUCUUCAUCAGUAUCCUCUCUUUCAUUGACAUCUUCUAUUCCUCCACUACCGUGCCCAAGAUGUUCACCAACUUCCUGGCCGUGGCACAGGCCAUCUCACGCCAGGGCUGCCUCGCCCAGAUGUUUUUCUUCCACUUCCUAGGAAGCACCGAGGCGAUGCUGCUCACACUCAUGGGCUUCGAUCGCUACCUAGCCAUCUUCAGCCCCCUGCGGUACCCGCUGCUGAUGACGCGGCCCCUCUGCCUGGCGCUCACCGGCCUCAUCUGGUCCAUCGGCUUCUUCCACUCGCUGCUGCACGUGGUCAUGAUGACUCGCGUGAUCUUCUGCCGGGGCCGGCGCGUGCAGCACUUCUUCUGCGACAUCGCGCCCUUGCUGAAGCUGGCCUGCUCAGACGUUCGCAUCAAUGAACUCCUCCUCUUCGCCGUUACUGGUUUCCUAGUCCUGGGCUGCUUCACCCUCACCUUCCUCUCCUAUGUGCUCAUUGUUUCUGCUGUGCUGCGCAUCAACUCGUCCGAGGGCCGCCAAAAGGCCUUCUCCACCUGCGCUGCGCACCUGACCGUGGUAGUCAUCCACUAUGGCUGCGCUGGCUUCAUGUACCUGCGCCCCCGCUCGCGACACACCCUGUCCCAGGACCGUGUUGUGGCCGUGCUCUACACAGCUGUCACACCGCUACUCAAUCCACUCAUUUACACACUCCGAAACAAAGAAGUCAAGGCUGCAAUCAAACGGGUUGUGGGACGCAGGCUGGGGAGCCAAGGGGACUGA